AUGACUAAUAGUUCGAAAGAUUUUAACACAAACAAUUCUUUAACGAGUACAAACGGUUUAUCGUCAACAAUGAACAACAAGACUAAAACUUAUAUUCGUCAUGCUGAACAAUAUAAUAUUUCAAGUGAAAAUACGAUUCGAGUAAAUGGUAAUACAGACGCACCUUCAAGAAGUAAAGAUAAAAUAGUUAGUGAUCCAAGUAAACAAUCUAUAAGUAGCCUUAGAUUAUUAAAAAAUACAACGAUAGCAAAUGAUUUCGUCUGGAUUCCUAGCAGGCGAAAGCUAUGGAGUGGAAUUAAUUCACCACAGAAUCAAAUGUUGGAUCUAGUUCACAAUAUCCCUCUUUCUAUGAACCUCGUUGAAAAUUCAAACGUUUCCAUUAUUUUAGGUAGCUUAGGUAGUAUUAAAAGCAAUAAUGAGAGUGAUAAUAGGCUAAGUGGACGCAAGGUGGUGACGAGAUCUGCUAGAAACAGAGAUAGUGAUAACCUUAAAGCUAGUGAUAUCAGUGACAAGGUACCGGCUCUACCUGUCGGGAUGUUGGGUGUACGGGCUGUGCCGCUUCGUUUUGACCGCCAUCUUGUUCGAAGCGUUGUAAAGUUACUGGUGGAAUCUCUGAGGCGCACAUUUCACCGGAAGUGCAGACUGAAGGAACCUACAGCACCGGAAGUCACCAGUUCCCAAUCCUGUUGGCACUCUUCGCCUGCCUGGCAGAGGAACUUCUCCCACUACCUUGUCAGAGAACUACGUGCUGACCCUGAACAAAUAAACAUCAGUUUCACGUCUGAGAAGGACAAGAUGGACAGGGUGUUGGCCCCGAGGUUUAACAUCCUUAAUCUGGUCCCGGACUCAACACAAUUAAUCCAAGAAGAUUUUGAGACGGGGACUGUGCAAGAGUCGACAAUGUGGCGAGCAGUAGGGGACAUCGUGGGCCAGUCCGUGCACCUGGACACGGUGGUGUGGCCAGGAGGCGAUCUCGUGCCGGUGUCCACGACCCGGGGGGUGCGCAGCGUGUUCCGCGUGGUCACAGCCUUGGCUCCUCCCUUCGUUAUGGAGAGCGAGUUGGACGAGGACGGCCAGUGUCUGCGCGGACUUGAGUGUCAUCGCCUCCUAACCUCCGACAAGGACAACCUCACUCUCGUCUUCAACGAGAUGGACCGACUCGAGGAUGCCGAGGACGAGGAGUUAUCGGAGAAGGACUUUUGGGCGAUGGGCUCUAUCUUUCAGAACUCCAGAUACCGUUACAGGACCAAUUGCUGCUACGGUCUCAGUAUGGAUCUUCUAGAGAAUAUUGCCCAAGAACUAGAGUUUGACUUCCACCUGUACAUCGUCUCCGACGAGACUUACGGUUCUCGGGUAGUGCAGAGUAACGGAGAGAUCAAGUGGAACGGCAUCGUGGGGGAUCUGGUGUCCGGAGCAGCUCAUAUGUCGUUCUCCGCCCUCAGCGUCAGCAGUCCCAGGUCCCAGGUAAUAGAUUUCUCAGUGCCAUACUUCUUCAGUGGAGUAUCAUUCUUGGCAGCUCCAAAACAGCGCACAGACAUUCCCUUGUUGGCUUUCCUGCUGCCAUUCUCUCCAGAGCUGUGGAUAGCUAUCUUCACCUCCCUUAACGUGACGGCGGUGGCAGUCGCCAUCUACGAAUGGCUUAGCCCCUUUGGCCUGAACCCCUGGGGGCGGCAACGCAGCAAAAAUUUCAGUAUGUCAUCGGCUCUGUGGGUGUGCUGGGGACUGUUAUGUGGGCACCUGGUGGCGUUCAAAGCUCCUAAGUCCUGGCCCAACAAGUUCCUGAUCAAUGUCUGGGGAGGAUUCUCCGUCAUCUUCGUGGCUAGUUACACAGCCAACAUCGCUGCCCUCAUCGCCGGCCUCUUCUUCCACAACGCUGUCGGCGACUAUCACGACAGGAGUCUGCUGUCCCAGAGAGUGGGUACACCCCGAGCCUCUGCAGCCGAUUACUACAUACACAGAGCCAACCAAGUGCUAUGGGAGCACAUGCAGCGUUACUCUGUCCAGGAUGUCGGCACAGGAGUGCAGCACCUCAAGAACGGAACUUUGGAUAUCCUUAUUGCUGAUACUCCUAUAUUGGAUUACUACCGAGCCACGGACCAUGGCUGCAAGCUGCAGAAGAUUGGCGAUGCGAUCAAUGAAGACACUUAUGCUGUUGGCAUGACCAAGGGAUUCCCUCUAAAAGACAGCAUCUCUGCAGUGAUUGCCAAGUACUCUAGUAAUGGCUACAUGGACAUUUUGCAAGAGAAGUGGUACGGGGGUCUCCCCUGCUUCAAGCUGGCGACAGACAUGGCACAGCCCAGGCCACUGGGAGUCGCCGCCGUCACAGGAGUGUUUCUGCUGCUUGGAAUGGGCAUGAUAGUCGGGUGCCUUAUACUGCUCAUCGAACACUUGUUCUACCGCUACACAUUGCCCAUCCUUCGACACAAGCCCAAGGGGACCAUUUGGAGGAGCAGAAACAUCAUGUUCUUCAGUCAGAAACUGUACCGGUUCAUCAACUGUGUGGAGUUGGUUUCGCCGCAUCACGCUGCUCGAGAGCUGGUUCACACCUUGAGACAGGGCCAGAUCACCAGUCUCUUCCAGAAGAGUGUGAAAAGGAAGGAACAUGAACAGAGGCGCAGAAGGAAGAGCAAGGCUCAGUUCUUUGAGAUGAUUCAGGAAAUUAGAAGGGUACAACAGGAGGAGAAAGUUGUGAAUGCCACACCACCAAUGCUGACACUGCCGGAAGAGAAAAGUCCUCGCCUUAAGAAACCUGUUCCUUCAGAUCAAAACAGGCGGCACUCCAGGCUGGACUUGGCAAGGCGGCUAAGUAAAGACGUGUUCAGAUCCAAGAGCUCGAGUAAUCUGAGUAUCCGUCGGCUAAGCUCAGAUAUAAAUAUGGCUGCGGGCAGAUUCCUAGACUGUCACAGCUCUCAAGCUAUCGGCCGCCGCCUCAGCCGUGACACCAACCUCAGCCCUCCCGACAUCAACUCACGCAGAGCCAGUCAUCUAUCCAUCAGUCGCAAACCUUCCUCUCAGCUUCUCGGCCCAUCGGAUGUAGACAGCUCCUCGGACCUUUCAGUGCCACCCAGGAGUCCCAACCCGGUCAUUCCACAGACAAGCUCGUUACGACUGUUGCAGACACUGCCCAGGUCUCCUGACUGCUCCUCCACCUCGAGGUUCCGUUAUGUCGACAUCAAGUCACCAUCCUUCAAGACCAAACUCUCUCGGUUCAAGGAACCUUCAGAUGAUGUAAAUCCAAAGGUGAUCAUCCACCAUGACAACAAGGAGACUACUGUUCCAAACAAUACUCAAGACAAUGGAACGGAACACUUGAUCGAGAUCGUCAUCCCUCCCGGAGAAAAGAAGCCCGUACCGAAAGAGAGGUUGAAGCCUCCUGGAGAGAUGCAGACAUCAAGUAGUCUCACCGGCCUAAGUGUCCUUGAACAGAUCUCUACCCUAGCAGAAAGCCAGACUUUACCUCUCCCUCCACCCAAACCGAAAAUCGUCUCGUACCUGCCAAAGAAACAUCGAAAGCUCAGCACUGACACUGGUCAUAGACGUGUAAAUGGAAAAACUAGAAAACGAGCCAGUUCUGACUCUAUACUGCGGGCAGAAGACGUGAAGCCUGAUGUGAAGACCGUAGUGGAGAACUGCGAGGUGUUCUCUCCCAGCGGCUCGAGUGCCGACAUUUGUGGCACUGAGACCUCAGGUCUGAGUCGACUGUCCCGAGCUGAACUGCUGACUCUCUCACAGAUCCCAGAGCAGGAGCUGAAGCGGCAACUCCUGGCGGCCAUCCAGGACCGGGACCCCACCUGAGGCCUGCCGACAUCUCUGCUGUGUUCCGAGCUUGGCCGCUCCAGUGGUUCCCCCUGGCCGGUCCGAUGUUAGUCUAUCUUUAGAUAGCUACAAGUGUCAAUGAGGACAUAGGAGUCUAGCUCCUUUAUUUUGCCAUUAGGUACUUUUAAAUCACGAUAUACUGAAGUUUUAAAGUCAAAAAGGACUUCUUAUCUUGUACCUGUUGAAUGUAUAGUUAUUUUUGUGUCCAGGUUUAAGAACAGAAGAUGCUUUAUUACAUUAUUUUUCAUGUUAUGUUUCGGAUAUGUUGAGAUCCGAUGGUAAGCAAUACUUUGACCCUGUAGUGAAAAAUAUUUAAACCAACUGUUUGAAUAGGUAGUAGCAAAAUUGAUAUAUAACAAAAAUCUUUUGAAACUAAAAAUCUAGAAAAUUUCUGAAGUAAUAAAGAAAAAAUCCAACUGAUUUUGCAUCCUUACCAAUCAAAACUUUAAAUACUUUCUUCAAUUGGUGAAGUGUCAUUAUUUGAUUUUUAAUGUUUCAUGAUCAAUAUGUUCUUUAAGGUUUUAAUUCAGGGUUGUUGUAUUGUGUCUUUUACAUAGUUUAUUAUUCAAAGAUAAGAUUGUCAACAGACUUCAAUAAAAAAUCAGCUCAAUACUGCACAAGUACACUUAUUUUGGCCUCUGCCUUCUUUAUUAUAUUACUAUGAAUAAUUACAUUAUUCUUCAAAGAUGGUCUUGUAGUAAUUGGCGAUGAAUAAAAAUGUAUACUUGAUCAGUUUAAGGCAUUUUACCAAUCUCAAAGAUAAGUUUCUUCUUUGCGAGCAUAACCUAACAUUUUACUGAUCAAGUUGAGUUAUAUUUACAUUUGUUACAAUACUAACAAUACCAUAUAACUUAAUUAUCUUAAUAAUGAUCUGUGUCAUAAGUUGGACUGUAAUACUGAGGAAAGAAUAUAAUAUAUAUUAAUAUAUUUCAACUAUUACCCUUGGAACAUGUUUAUCACUUGCCGUCUUAGGAAUUUACCAAAUAAUUAGUUGGUUUAAAUUUUUUCAGCAGGCAAAACUGUUAUUAAGACAUAUGUAGUCUCUUAUUAAUAUUUUAUUGAAAGCUUAAUUCGUAAUAUAAUCAGAGUUCAUAUUGAAUGAAAAGAACUAAUUUUAGCAAUUUCAAAAUAUUUUUACAGAUUGUCUCGCAAAUCGUUGUAUUAUAAUAUAUAAACAUAUUACAUAUAAUUAGGGACUGUAGAACUCCGUACUACACUAGUGAGACAAUUACGAUGCAACUCCAAUGCAUGUAUAUUUUCUACAGUAUGAAGUGACUUUGUAGACCUAGCUGCCUUGCAAUUUGUCAUAGUUUUCUCAUAUUGUCAGUUGUCACUGUCUAUUUUUAUUUUUAGAAGUUAAAUUUUUGUUGUAGCUUAAUUAGUACAAAUGCUCCAUUUUAUAAGGGUCACUUUUAUUAAAUAUGAUUUUAAAGUGGAGUUAUUUAAUUUCACUUUUUACAUAACAGUGUUUAUGUUAUGAAGCAAAUAAUAUUAUUUUCCAACUCUGUAUUUACUAAUAAUGUUCGAAUAAGAAUGACAGGACAGUGGUCAUGAUAAGUCAAUUAAACAUUUAAGUACAACUAAAUAUUUUGCAAUUUGUUUAGUAACUUAUUUUUCAAAUUGAGUGGUUUUAGAUAAGAAUAUUCUGCUUUGAACACUAUAAUUACAAUUAUAAUAAUCAGUAUUCCCAACUUUUCUUAGUCUACAUAAAAACAUUCAUUCCAUAUAAAAAUAUUUGGGUGGAAAUUCCAUGUAAGUAAUUGCUCUAUGAUCUGAAUGAAUGAUUCUUUUUUCCUUAAUUUUUCACCAGGGGAGUUUUAUAUGAAAAUCAGCUUACAAAAUAUACUGGAAGAUGCUACGGGAUUUAAAUUAUAGAUAUCUUGUCUCGAAUGGUUCAGUCUAGCUACCUUACAUAAUGAAAUUCAAUAUCUCACUAAGAUAUGUCACCAAUGCACCUAAAAUACUAAUAUUUCUCUAUCAUUUAGAAAUUUAUUACAAUUAAAAAUUAUAACAUCUCAAAUAAAUUCCUGAAAUGUUCUUAAAGUGUUUGGGAAUGAUAGUAGAAAAGAUGCUUAUUUACAAAACUCAAUCUAUUAAAAAUAAUAGCAUAAUAGCUGCAAAAGUUUGACAAAGGGUGAAUUUUCAAAAUUAAAAUUUGCAGGUAUAUUUGAAUAGUGUUUCAAACUAUCUAUUUCUGUAGCCAAACUGAAUACAAAUCCUAGAGAGGGUAUUUUAGUUUUCGAAAAUGAAAAUGGUAAGAUUUUUUUCUCUGGUAACUGCAACUUUAGGUUGUCUAACAGAUUUGUAACAGCUGUUGAUUUCCCAAUUUGUAUUUAAGUUAUUUUACAGAAAUAAUUGUUUGAACUAGACAAACUUUACUUCAGAAGACACUUAACCUAUAAAGUUUUCAGAUUACCUACAUGUGUGUGUUUUUUUUUUUACUUUUACUCUGCUUUGAUAGCUUUUCAAGUUUACUCUGCCCAUCAUCAAAUUCAGGGAAAGAGGGAAAGUCAGUACUAUUAAGAAAGACAAAGCUGAUAAAAAUAGUCGCAAACAAGAAUGGAACAACUGUGCUCUAUAAUCCAGGUCUGAAGUCUGACGCCUUAAAUUCUGAGUUCACUGGCUCUCAAAAAUUAAAAUUUGUGAACUUUAAAUCUGAUCCCAUAAUUCAACUUGCUAAGAGAAAGAAAGUGAUUUUGAUACAUAAAGCAAAAUGAUUCUGAAAAAUUGAUUGAAUCAAGCUUUAUUACUUGAUAAUAAAUAUAGAAUAAAACCUUUAUAGGAGUCGAUACCAAUCCUCUUAGUCACAAAAUUCUUUGCUACUGGCUUUAUGAAGUUCCUCUGUCUCUCUUGAAAGCAACUGACUGGAACAAAAACACAAAAUAUAUGUAUAAUUACAUGCUGAUAUAGGAAGGGAACAAGUUCGCAGAGCUGCUGAUGGUGAGGAGGUUACUGGUGAAUGUGCCACACCUUGUACAAUCCAGUAAAGCUCUCAACACAGAUCAUCAGCAGUCAGCUCUCUGGCUGGCUACACUGGCAUAUGCCAUGAUCUAUACAGUACAUAACAAAAUUAGUAAAUUAUGCAGUGUGAGUAAAAGAAGUCAAGUACAGACAGAUUUAUUAAAUCUAUGAAGUGAACUCAAAGUGUCCACUACCGGCCUAGAUUAAAAUACAUAGGUAUAUGUUCUUCUGGAUUAAAAAAAACAAUAAAUAAGAGUUUCUUAACUCUGUUAAAUCCAAAUAUGACAAAUCGUUCAUCAAUUACAUGUUUUGGAGAUGAUACUUCAUCACCAUUCUGCAGUAAAAUAGCCAAUGGUUUGGUUUCAAUGUUAAAAUUAUGAAACACAAUACAAAGUAACAAAAAAGAGUUCUACAGUUCACACUGACAUGUUAAAACUAUGAAGACUUCAAUUUAUAUGAAACAGCAUACUGCAACAUGCGUGCUGUGCAUUAGUUAAAAGACCAUUAGUGUAUCGAAAGACUGAAAACCAUUACAAAAAUAUUAUUAUUUGAAGUCAUUUGUGGUGUUAAAUCACCAUAUUACUUCAUAUUUAUUUCGUCUAUUUCACUCUGAUUAACUGUAUGUAAUAAAAUAUUCUCUAAUUAGAUUAUUAAUUUUAAUAAAGUGAUCCUAUAAAAUGCAGUUAUGUUAAAUCAUUUAAACCUAUUUUAAGAAACACAGUUAAAAUUUUAUUCCAUACUUUUAAGGUGCUAUGAGACCAAGAUUAGCUUGGGAAGACUAUAAAUGUGUUAAAUCUUGAAAAUUUUAUGCACUUGUAGAUUUUAGAUAAUAGAAUGUACCCAUUACUUAUUUAAGAUAAUACAUUGUAUAUAUUUAGAUAGAUUAGGAAGAUUUUAGUACUGAUUUUCAAAUCCGAGCACUAAAGUGCUGUUGAGUUAAUUGGCAGAUUAACCUGCAAUCUGACUUAUGGAUUAUCAGUUGAGGUGACAUUUUAAAUUUAUGUAAUUCAUCGAAACCAUUACAUAAAUUUUUUACAUAGUAAGUGUAACUCUUAAAAAAUAAGACAUUAUCAAUGAUGGUUAGCUUUUAUUUUAGUAAAUAUUUGUCGUUAAAAAUUGAAAGCCCUUUAAUCAAUCUUACAAUCUCAAAUAAGAUUGCAUUUUAAGCAGAUUUACCUUAAAUCUCAUGUCUUUUCAAAACACAUCACUCACAAAUCAUUGAUUAAUAUUCAAUAAUUGAAUUAUUGAAUUAAACUCCUACUCAUAUAUUCAUUCAAAUGUGUUCAAUAAAAAGGGAUAAUUUAUUAAUAUCUUAAUUGUAUUGGUCUUGUUAACAUUAUUGUAUGGAUACAUUAAUACUUAUAGUAAAUUCAUUUGAUACAUACAAGAAAAUUAUUUUGUUUUGGUUAAACUUUCAGGUAAUCCUAAAAAUUGAAAUAAUUUCAAUCUUUUCUAACCAUAACUUAUUGAGAUUAUUUCUGUAAGCUUUACCAUAGGUGCAGAUUGUGUCAAUAUGAAAAGAAUGAAACAUGUUUUUCAAUACUUAAAACUUGUUUUAAUCACAGUUGUCCAUUAGGAUAUUAUAUUUUUCAAAUAGAUCAAACUAAUAACAUAUUUGUUUUUGGAUGGUAAAAAACUAAUUUAAAAUUACAGAUAGAUUUGGGUUUAGUUGCAAGUGCUAUAUUUUCCAAGAACAACAAAAUUGUAUAGACAAAACUGUUUUCAUCUUCAAUUGGUAUGCGUUCAAUAUUAGGGGCUAUCCCUAAAUUAAGUAAUGAUCUAUGGGGAGGGGGUGUUUCGACACAGCAAAACAUAAUAUUAAACCUCUACAAUUGAUUGCUUGAAUCGUUUACAAAAUCUGCCUGGUUUCUUCAGAGAUUUUAAAGUUAGUAUUAUAUUCGCCCAUCCACCCUUUUAAAAGCAAAUUUUAGUGUUACAUAAUUAAUGGACCCCUUUUCUACUUAACAUUAUUUAGUCGUUAAUAGUCACCAAUCAACAAUAGGAUGGGUGAAGCGGUUUUCACGUUUUCUAUAGAGAAGAUUUCUAAGUAGUAUCUGAAACUUUAAUUUUUAGUCCAUGUUUUUUUUUAACAAAAAGUAAGCAUUUGGACUAAUUUUGUGACGCCUAUGAGAUUCAGCUUACUAACAUGCAAUUUGCAUAUCAAUAUAUUGUAUUGGAGCUCAAAGUGAACUAUGUGACAAUAGAGUGCAUAAACAAGCAGAAAUAGAGAGAUUUUUGGUCAAAACAUUUCACUAAUAGUGCAAAUUGGUUGUAGAUUGGGUUAUUUUAAAAAAUCUGUUUAACCUUAUUCUAGAUAUGUUAUGUCAGAAUUCAAAUCUUAGCUAUCUCUAAAUCAGCCAGGUCAAUCUUCUCUUCUGAUAUUUUUAUCAACUCAGCACCAACAUUUCCAUUAGUUAUUUAUUCUAUUAAUAUUGUGGUGAUAUGGACAUCAAUGUUAAUGAGUUGAAACAUCCCACCAUUAGAAUAUAUGAAUUCUUGCAUGAUAAUGACGAUAAUCUUCGGAAGGUGGAAGCAGUUUUCAUAGAUUUUGAUAGACCAGAAGACUACUAAUGUAAUAAGGGAUUAAUUUUAUUAUUUUGUAAAAAUAAUUGUCUAGUGAAUAUCUGUUAAAGUUUAAUUUCUCCGAAUUUUAAAAUGGAAAGUGUAAUUUAAAAGCAAUUACUGUGUUUACAUUUUCUUAGUCUACCUCCAGAAAUUAUUUUGUUAUAUUACUAAACAAGUCUUGAGUAUCUUUCUGAGGUUACCAUUGUAUUGAUGUAUUAUGAUAAAUCAUUUUGCCUAACUAAGAUAUCAAGCUUAUUUUACUUUGUUUAAUACAGAUGAUUUUCUCUAUCUUUCCCUCUCUCUGUCUCUCUAGAAAUUUAAACUGUGCUUCCAUUAUUUACUUCGCUGAUGCCCUCCUCAAAACAAAUUUCAUAAUCACCUGGACAUAUUAUAGCAGAACAUGGUUUCAUUAUAUGUCACUUAUGUCAAUUGUAAGACAAAAUUAAAUGAAAUAGCCAGACUACGUGGAGAGUUAUGGCUUAAAAACACUUAACACUUAAUAUUCUACAAGAUGUGUAAGGAGUGCACAGCACUUUUUUAAAUGUUGGAUGGAUAAUCAAAUAAAUAUAAUAAAAAGUACAAGUUCUAAAGUAGAUACUAGUAGUACGCCCUUUCCUGCACAAAGUAUCAUAUUGUUUUUCUGAUUCUAUUGAUGAAUACGAGAAUAGUCCUUCUGACUAGUAGUGUUAACAUAAUUUGCAUCCUAAUGCAACUAAAAAAGUGAAGUGAUAAAGAAAAUCUUGCUGUAAUUCAUAUUAUUAUUGUUGUAAUUAUGUUUAUGGAGGUUUUUCCAUGGUAUUUUAAGCUUACUUCCAUGUUAAAUGCACAGUUUGUACCAAAGUUAUAGCACAACUUUUCCAUGAGCUCCUUGGAGGAGAUAGAAGAAUUACUACCAUUGGAGAAUUGGUGCCACUACAAUGCUGAGGGAUACUUGCACAUGAUUAAGUCUAUUAGAGAGUAGUAUUUGAGUUGAACCUUUAACCUCAUACAGUUAUAUUUGCAGCUCAUCCUGUUGUAUGGUGGCUUUUUUCUUCUUUGGAAGAGGACUUCUUGCGUGUUUGGUGUUAGUAGGUUUAGUUAAAUAUGUAUAUGAAAUUGAUAAGAUUUCGAGUGUGAUAAUCAGAGAAAUGUUUCUGUGUUUGUCAUGCACAUUUGUUUCUUAAAGUGUCCAUGAUACACCCAAAAGGUUUUGAGUUGUGAGUAGAGUGUUUGUGCCGAACUUAAGCAACUUUAGAUGUCUUAAAAGAAACUUUUCCACUCAGAUGUUAACUUACUUAUAAAAUUAUGUUUCUUGAAGACAUCCAUCUGUAUUUGUUUGAAUAAAGCCAAAAUACUUGAAAAUUGCUAAUCUAAUUUUUGUUUGUUAUACAAUAGGUCAAAUAUGUACAUUUUUUUAUUCAACAAUAAUCAGAAUUCAAGCAUCAUGAUCAGAAGAAUUACAUAGAGAAUAAUGUCAUAUUGACGCCAGUUUUCUAAAAAUGUGCAUUUAUGAUCCAUAUAGACAAUGCUCUCAUUUAUCAUCUCAAGGUUCCCAAAUCAUCCUAUUUGUUUCAUUUACUUCAGUCAUUUUUUCUCAAUUCAUACAUAGCUUUAGUGAGACUUCAACACAUUUUAUGUUAAGGUUUAUACGAAGAUCAUAACUGUUAUGAUUAAAUUCAUUACUGAAGGAUUAACAAAUAAAAUUUAUCAUAAAAGCUUUCACACUGUAUAUCUAAUUAAAUAUUCUCUGUAAUGAUAAAGUUGAAUUUUAAAUGUUAAAUUUAUUACUUCAACACAGGUUGUGUUCUUGUGAUGACAUGGUAUCAGACAAUAUCACUAGUUUUUAAGAGUAAUUCUCACAUGACAAAUAUUUUCUAGCUCAAAAUAAUUCAGACAAGUUACUGUUAUUCCAAUUUCGCUAUACAUCAUGACAUGAUACUUUUACAGAUUGUGUUUCGUGUAAUCUACCAGUAGACAAAAACAAUAUUUUUUGUGCAUUUUUGGAAUCUUUACUUUUAUGUUUAAAAAAACAGUGCCCAUCUACAACCCAAUCUCAUAUACUGUAUUCUUUACUAACUGCUAUUUUAGUAAUAUUUUUGUUUGUUUUUAAUUUGUUAGGAAUUGGACACCAUUAUAACUGUAAUUAAUAGAAGAUUGGAUAAGUUUACUCCAGUAAUGGUAUCUAAAUGUUGUUAAGCCAUGACUGUAUCUGCAUGACGAUAAGAGUGAACCCUAAUAUUACUUGUUAAGGUUCCUCCUGAUAAACAAUUGACUGAGUUUAAUCUCCCAUAAUUUAUCUGUCUCGGGAUGGAUGUCAUUGUAAUAAGUUAUAUUCAUUGUAUCAUGGUCAUGUUUUAAUACAAGCUCAGUGAGGUCUGAAUAAAAUGGAGACACAAUUAGUAACAUAAUUCCAGAAACUAGAAUGUUCAAAAUGGUCUUGAUCCUUUAUAAUACCUUUUGAAAUUUAGUUAAAUAAAGUUUACGUUUUAAUAGAUUUUAUACUGUAAACUAACAUAUUCAACACUACUGCCCAGACAUUCACUCAAGCCCCCCUGUCCAUUUAACCAUAAGAAGUACAUAAUAAAAAUAAUAAGGGUAUCAGCAUUAUUGUCAAAAAUAUUAUACAAGCACAAAGAUCGUGUUGUAAAUAUUGUAAAAUAGUUCUGUACAUAAUAGAAAUUUUCAUUUUUAUUAUUCAAUUAGUUGAAUAUUGUAAAAGCUAUAUUGUUGAUUCUAAAUUGAAUAAACAAAUUAUGUUAUAAAAAUUAUGUUACUAUAU